AUGGGCCCACCUGUUCACAUUGUGAAACACGGUUAUUACAUUUUGGUUGGAUGCAGCGUGCAGAUAACAUUCUCAUUUGAUUAUUGGUAUGUCACAGAAAUUCCCAGUCUUAGAUGGAGGAAACAAGCUUCAAAAGGAGAGAAUUAUGUCAGUAUUUCAUCAGAUAAUGAAGUGUCCCACAGGGCAGGAUAUUUGUCAGUUAUUAUUGUUCCUUUUGUUCUGCACUUGGGAUUCAUGGCUACGACAGCAUUUCUUGUCAUGCAUGUCCAGGUUGCAACUAGAUUUUUAUCUGCCAGCCCACCUCUGUAUUGGUUUGCCUCAUAUCUCAUGGUAUUUCCUGUUGCUGGUCAAGUGUCACAUCUGGCAAUGCAACGUGUGCUGAAACGUUUUUGUUAG